AUGAACAAUAAUAAAUUCACUUUUUCAACUACUCAAACUUCCACAAAUAACUAUAAUAAUAAUGACCCUCAUACGAACAAUAAUAAUAUGACCUUCCACAAUUUCAAUUCAACUCCAAAUGAAAUAAUAAACACAUUGGGUGUCUCCAAACGAAUGGGUAAUAAGGUGUUAAAUGAAUUAGAUUCAAGAACGCAUCAAAAAUUUGAGCAAUUGAAAGAUAACGACGAUACCAAUGCUACACACGAAUCAUCAUCCUCGUCGUCGUUCCAACAAUUGUUCAAUACCAAGCACAAUGUACAAUUCAAUCACAUGCAAUCAAUAGGCAAUCAACCAACCACACCAAAGAAAAAUAUUCAUUCAUACACGCCAGAUAAUGGCAACAUUCAUGACAAUACCGUUUCUGAAUCCAUGAAACGAAUGAAGACGAACGACUCACAAUCCAGAAUAAAGAGAAGAUCUAUCACACCAGCAACUCCCGUGAGUGAAAUAACAAGACGAAUACGUAGAUUACGAUUAAGAGCAUCCAUUGCACCUAAAGUGGAUGAUUCCAUUACCAGCUCCACAUCGAUUAGAAAUACACCCUUGACUGGUGGGAACCCAAUUACUAUGAUGAACCCACCUACUUUUUUGAAACCAACAAUAAAUUCAUUGAAUAAGAGAACUAUAAAGCGUUCAGAACCUAUUCAUUCUAAUCUUAAUAGAAACGUUACUACGUCAGAUGCUUCUAAUAUACGGCAAGAGAGGACACGAAGGGAUAAUUCCAAACAGGAAACCACCGUUGUCGUCAAUUCCAAUGUGAAACCUCGAACGUCACAAUUAAAGAAAAGUACAACAAUGUCAGUAUUUGAUCGAUUGUAUUCAACGGCAACACCGAAAACAAGCAUAUCCAGAUCCACUUCCAUGAACACAAUUCAGAGCGGGGAACCUAGUAGUAGUAAUGUGCAUUCAAGAAGAGUUCAUUCGGAUACAGCUAAUACUAUCACUGAUAAAUCCAUGUCACAUAAUGCCUCCACCAGCAAGAUAAAAUUUGGUAGGAGUAAGACAAGUGGAUCAUUAUCAUCGAAUUUAAAUAAUGGUUCUGAUGCUGGGCAAGAGGUUAGAAGACCUUUAUGGCGUUGA